AGUAUUAUCUUAUCAGCACCAUAUUCUAGGCAACACCAGCAUGUAUAAAAGUAAGCACAGUGGUACUAGAUUAGUGCUAUUCAAAAUAUUCAGUGGCCAAAUUCUCUGCACUUGAGGCUGGCAUUAGUCCAGUGUAGAUAAUAUGAUAUAGUUGUAAAUAAAGGAACGAUAUGCCAAGCUCUUAAAGUAGAGUAGAGUAAGCUAGUACAUACUAAGGUAACCUAGUAGAAACAAACUAGUGUAUGUGUUUGCAGCUUGUGACAACUUCUCCUGCUGUGAUCAGUCUACAAAAACACUUAUUACCUUCAAGCAGAAAAUGAUUCAUUUCCUAUUGAGGUCAACUCUACAGGGAGCAGAGCAAAUUGUUGAAAAAAAGAAAGGCACCCCUUUGCCUCUGUACUACUCAACAAAUCCAAAACACACCCUAAUUUUGGCAUGACCCAUGACUGGACUCUGACACUGAAUGACACUCCAAUGUCAAACAGAAGCACGCGGUCACGAUCACGGGACGUCUCGGGUCUCCCUAGUCUUCAGACGGCCUGGGAAACCUCUAAGGGUAUGUCGCGUCGUGGGAAAACAUUGGCAGCUGAGCCUGCUACAAGGGAGGAUGGAAGAGACGUGCCUGAUAUUUCGGAUGAAGACAGGUCAGCCGCACCGGAGAAGGGCAGUGAGAAGACACCAGCUGAUCCGAGAGAUGAAGAAUAUGAAAAAGAGCAGGGGGGCGCUGUAGGUCCGUCAGCAGGUUAUUUUCAGGGCAAGAGAUAUAGCUCAAUCGUAACGGCAAGCACGGUAGCAGAAUUCGCCGAAUCUUAUAGAAGAGGUUCGUCACUAGCCUCAUCGACAAGCUACAGGAGCAGCAUAUCACAAGGAUCUACAGUGUCUGGCUUCAGCACAUCCAGGGGCAGCAUAUCGUCCUAUGAGAGUGAGGGCAGGGCCCAGAGGCUUUCUAGCAUUCUGAAGAAGCCCAACAGAUCCCUGGCGAAGGAGCAGGCACUCAACGAGUUUUCGAAGACUGAUGAGCACCUGGCCUAUAUCCGGGACGAGGCGCUGAAGAACCAAGUGGAGUUGCCGAUCGGACUUCUUAUAACCAUGAAGAAAGAGGUUUUGAUGGUCGUACAGGAGACCGCAAAAGAGUACCAGAAGACCGUAGGACCGCACCACAGGCUGACGAUGGAUGCUCUGAAACGAGUGGAUGAACUUGCAGAGGAAAUUAAAAGAAUGGGAUUUUAGUCUUAUAUGUCACAAAAAAAGUUUUUGUCUUAC